GUAAAACAAUCCCCAUAGCCGACACGAUUCAGGUGUAAGUGUAAUUGUACGUGCUUUAGAUAUUUUAUCAAGCAUGUGCUGUACUUGUGAUUGUUUUAACUCAUCUGAACCAUACAACAAAUUGUGACUCUGCGUCAAUGUCAGCUGAACAACCCUGCAUCACUAAAUGUUAUCGAUUUGGCCUUUGGAACCGUGCUACGUAAUUUUUUGACCUCUGCUACCUAAGACUUCAUUUCAUGGAUCUGGAUUUAUAUUACUGUACAAUAAUGAGAUGGUGUAGUGGGGUUUUUUUUCCUCACAAAACCAUGGGCAAAAAAAAAAACACAAUGCUGCACUCUGCCUCACGAAACAACACGGAACAAAAUAAAAAGGGGCAUUUACGUUGUACAGUACAUUACGCGGGCAAUCCUCCUUUAUACGUCCCGCCUUUCGCAUGUAUGCAACAAGUUUAACCAGUACCUGGGGCGGGCAACAUACGCUCAAAUUAUAAUUCACAAACCAUUGAUUUGUAACCUUGAUAAGGCCAAAACAGAAUCGCUUCGAGAGAGAAACCCUCCCCACAAGCGGCUGACACGGCCACGUGUUGAUGCUGCGGGUGGGUUGGGGUGGCGCUGUGAUUCAUGUCGGCAGCCUUCAGAAGCCCGGCUUUGAUGGCUGGCUAACAAGGAACCGUGGUGCCGUGCACGCUGUUCAACCACACAGAGGUUAUUUCUGAAGGAAAUUUACACAUCUGUGACCUUAGUAAGCAAUCUGAGAGAACAUCUGGCAGAACCCACUCACGGAAGAGCCAACAGAAAGGGUGAUUUACAUGGUCAAAACCACUCAUCAAUAAAUAUAUGCUGGAAGAGCAGGGCAAUGUUAUUUUAUUCCUCCCUUGGGUUUGACAUUUGCAUUAAGAGACCAUCCCCCAUGACAAAGUGAUCCCGCAUGAAGCAAGACUAGGGCGCAUUUAAUUCUUAUGAGAGAGGGGAUCCGGCCUAAUACAGUGCGAGCGGUGACAUCAUCAUUCAACAUGUUCUCCAUCGGCCUGUGAAGCCAACAAACAAAAGCUCAAGGUUGUGCUCAAAGGGCCAGUUUCACGGAAGGGCCGGACCUUCUUUGGGACUAAAGUCGUCAUCGUGAUUUCGAGAUAGAAAAGAAGACUCCCUCCUUGGACAUGAGUAAAAGUGCAAGCAGUGAAAGCCGAGGGUCAGCUGGGUCGCAGCCCCCAGCGCAAGGCAAGAGCAGCUCCUCGCAGAGAGACAGUCAGCAGGACGAUGGAGAAGUGUGGGAAGUUGUGGAUGGAAUGAGUGAGUGCCAGGGCAGUUUGACACCACCAGUUCGGAAGGAAGGUUGCCUGCACAAGAAACGCAAAUGGCCCCUGAAGGGCUGGCACCAGCGUUUCUUCACUUUGGAUAACGGGAUCCUGAAGUAUGCAAAGACACCCAUAGAUGUACAGCGGGGCAGGCUGCAUGGCUCCAUGGACCUUGGUUUGUCUGUCAUGUCCAUCAAGCGAAAGGCCGGCUGCAUUGAUUUGGAUAAUGAGGAGAGCAUUUACCACCUCAAGACAAAGUCCAAGGAGCACUUUGAGCAAUGGGUGUCGAGUCUGCGCCACCACCGGCAGCACCGGCAGUUCAGCAUCUCCAUGGCCCCCUCGGUUGACGGAGACACCCCUGUAUGUGCCGUGGCUGGACAGCGUCGGCAGAGCAGCCUGCAUCGACAGGCCUCCCUGGGGCCUCAAGCACGCCUUGCUGCUGGGUGGUACCACGACUCCCAGGACAUGGAGAAAUGUGACCGAGACCUCUUGCAUUGUCAAAGUGGGCUCGGCAACAUGGAGCAAAUGCUGCACAGCCUCGAGAGUCUACACAAGUCACAGUCGGCCACCUCCUUCAGCGACAUCCAGGCGGCAUGCCUCGAGAACGGCAAGAAAGAGAAGCGUGUGAGCCGGCGGUGGAGAGCCAAGUCCUCCCUCAAAGAUAACAAACCGCUGCUGCAGGUUCCCAACAGCAUGCCCACAUCUCCGCUGCGAUCCCACGCCUCCAACCCAAACCUGGCAUCUGCGGGUUCAGACGCGGUCCUGGCCAACUACUCCACCAGCCUGUCAGACGGACUCAACAUUUCACCCGAGCAUGGGAGGCUUUGCCAGGACUUUUACUCCCUGGCACAGCGAGUGCACACGAGUCUGUGCGCAGUGUACAUGGCACUCAGCUCCGAGCGGGAGAAGGGGAAGAAGCUGGAGCAGGAGUCACUGGGAGCAGGCGCCGCUGUACACUUGAUGACUCUGCGCAAGUCUCUCUCGCAGGCGGUAGCACUCAAUGUGGAGCUGACGAACCGGUUGAGCAGAAUUCACAUCGAGUCCAACCUGAGUGAGCUCAUAGCAGCUCCCGCUGGUGCAGAAUUAGCGACCGAGCGGCCGAUGCUCGGGCGACCUCUCCUGGCCCAGCUGUCUGAGAGUCAGCUCUCCGUGUCAGAGGGCGAAUUCUAUGAUGCCCAGGAGGUGCUGCGAUCCUCAAGCUCAUCAGAGGCUACGGACGAUGACGAUUCGAGCAUAAGUGAUGACGUCAGCGACACGAUCUCGGAGGACACAGGCAGCCGAGCCAGCUUCAAGUCUCAGCAGAGCAACGCUCCGAGCAAUCCAGAGACAUUUGAUGGCAACCGCGAGUUUCAGACAGGACGCCGCAUGCACCUGCCCGCCCCCGCGGCUGACACCAGCAGCAUUGGCCUCUGGGACAUCCUGCGCAAGAACAUUGGCAAGGACCUCUCCAAAGUGGCCAUGCCCGUAGAGCUCAACGAGCCAUUAAAUGUGCUGCAGAGGCUGUGCGAGGAGAUGGAAUACAGCGAUCUACUGGACCGCGCUGCAGAUACUGACGACCCAGCCCAGCGCAUGGUGUUGGUGGCAACCUUUGCCGUGUCCACCUAUGCCUCCACCAUCUCCCGCGCUGGAGGAAAACCGUUCAACCCUGUGCUCGGCGAGACAUACGAGUGCAUUAGAGAGGACCGCGGCUUCCGCUUCAUCGCAGAGCAGGUCAGCCACCACCCUCCAAUUUCUGUCUGCCAUUGCGAUUCAAAAAAAUUUGUCCUCUGGCAAGAUGUGCGUCUGAAGAACAAGUUCUGGGGAAAGUCGAUGGAAAUUAUCCCUGUGGGCACAGUGAAUGUCAAGUUGCUCAAGUAUGGAGAUGAAUACGAGUGGAACAAAGUGACCUCCUGCAUCCACAACAUUAUGGGAGGCCAGCGCUGGAUCGAGCACUACGGAGAAGUUAUCAUCAAGAACAAGAAGAGCAAUGUGUGCCAGUGCAAGAUCAACUUCAUCAAGGCAAGUUACUGGAGCUCGGAGGCAAACCAGGUUCAAGGCACCGUGAUGGAUCAAAACGGCCGUGUGCUGCACCGCCUCUUUGGCAAAUGGAACGAGGGGAUGUACUGUGGUGCUCAGCGCUCAGCACGCUGCAUCUGGAGGCCAGGCUCCCUGCCCCAGGAUCACGAGCUCUACUACGGAUUCACGCGUUUCGCCAUCGAACUCAACGAGCUCGACCCUGUGCUGCGGCCACACCUUCCUCCCACGGACACACGUUUCCGACCUGACCAGAGAUUCCUGGAGGAGGGCAAUAUGGAGUCUGCCCAGCGGGAAAAGCUGCGCAUCGAGGAGUUCCAGCGGGAAAAGCGCCGCCUCAUGGAGGACAAGAACAUACUUUACACACCACGCUUCUUCAGAAAAAAUAUUACACAGGACAGCCGGGAGGAAUGGCUGAUGAACAACACGUACUGGGAGCUCAGAAAAGAUCCAGGAUUCAGCAAAAUAGACAAUCCUAUCCUCUGGUGACGCAGCACAAGGAGAACAUAGUGAAGCCUAGGCUUUAUCGAGCUGCAUUUUACUAUGUUAUCCUUGACAUCCAAAGUGCAACUUUACUUCUAGGCAUAUUUUUUGCGAUGGGGGAAUAAAUAUGCAAUUAUCUGGUCCCAAAUAUGCAUGAGUGUGUUACUGAAGAUGGAUGAAAAUAUUUGGUGAUUUUAACAAAGGUCUCAAUAUUCCCUACCCUAAACC